AGCUUUGUCUUAAACAGUUGAUUAUAAUGCCAGCACGGUCCAAUUUGCAAGCUUUAAACAGGCAGCUGAACACUGAAUUUUGCUGAACUAUCAAAGAGCUUGGCUUUUUGGAAAAAAAAACUUUGGCAUCUCUGUAAUAGAAGCUGGGAAAUCACCAAGUCUGCUAUGGAGUGUGGCCAAUCAAGAAUUUUUCUGUGGUUUCUUUUGCUCUAUAUGUUUGUCAAGAAGGUGAUCCCUGAAGAUGACACAAUAAUUGACACUAAGAAUGGAAGAGUUAAAGGGGUUACUUUACCUGUGCUUGGCGGGACAGUAACUGCCUUUUUUGGAAUUCCUUAUGCAGUGCCUCCUAUUGGUCGGCUCCGGUUCAGGAAACCACAACCUCAAGAAAAAUGGAAUGGGGUCUGGAAUGCCAGCAAAUAUGCAAACUCUUGUUUUCAGAUCAUUGAUGAUACUUUCCCUGGAUUCAUAGGAUCAGAAAUGUGGAACCCAAACACAGACCUCAAUGAAGAUUGUCUCUACCUCAACAUUUGGGUUCCUUCUCCCAAACCUAAAAAUACAACUGUCAUGGUGUGGAUCUAUGGGGGUGCAUUCCAGUCUGGGACAUCCUCUUUGAAUGUUUAUGAUGGCAAGUUUCUAGCCCGAGUAGAAAGAGUUAUUGUUGUUUCAAUGAAUUAUAGGUUAGGAGCCUUUGGAUUUUUGGCUUUGCCAGGAAAUGAAGAAGCUCCUGGAAAUGCAGGAUUGUUUGACCAACGGCUGGCACUUCAGUGGAUCCAGGACAACAUAGUAGCCUUUGGCGGGAAUCCUAAAAGUGUGACAUUAUUUGGAGAAAGUGCUGGAGCAGGUUGUAUCAGCUACCAUAUGCUUUCUCCUCAAAGUCAUCCUCUCUUCACUAGAGCAAUCUUACAGAGUGGAGCCGGAAAUGCCCCAUGGGGUGUAAUCCUUCCCUCUGAAGCUAGGCGGAGAACGCUGGCUCUAGCCCAACUCCUUCACUGUACAAGCAGCAAUGAAACAGAGAUAAUUUCUUGUCUUCAGAACAAAGAUCCUCAGGAUAUCCUUGACAAACAAGUGUCUGUCUUAAAACACAGUGCCAUUUUGGAGCUCUAUUUCACUCCAGUAGUUGACAAUGACUUUCUUGCUGACACACCAGCUGCACUGCUGAGGAGUGGAAAAUUCAAACAAACCCAGAUCUUGAUGGGAGUGAACAAAGAUGAAGGUGCACCUUUUCUUGCCUAUGGAGCCCCAGGCUUCAACAAAGACAACAGCCUUAUCAAUGAAACAGAAUUCUGGGCAUGUUUGAGGUUAACCUUUCCAGAAACACAGGAAAUUGGGCUGGAAGCUGUUGCUUUUCACUAUACUGACUGGGAAGAGGAGCAGGACCCAUUCAGAUAUCGCAAUGUAAUGGGUGAGAUCCUUGGGGAUUACAAUUUCAUCUGCCCUGUGCUUGAGUUCUUAAAAUAUUUCAUCAAGACAGGGAACAGUGCUUUCUUAUACUUCUUUGAGCAUAGGUCUUCCAAACUUGCUUGGCCAGAAUGGAUGGGAGUUCCACAUGGUUAUGAAAUAGAGUUUGUAUUUGGACUACCUUUAGAGAGAAGAGUUAAUUAUACGAAAGCAGAGGAAACACUGAGUAGAUCUAUUCUGAAAUAUUGGGCAACUUUUGCAAAAACUGGAACACCCAAUGGAACUCAGAUUAAUGGGAUGAGAUGGCCAGUCUUCACGAUCGCUGAACAAAAAUACUUAACAUUAAGCACAAACUCUUCUAAGAUUCGUGCAAAAUUACGUGCGCAGCAGUGCCGGUUUUGGAAUAUAUUUUUUCCCAAAGUCCUGGAGAUGACAGAAAAUAUUGAUGAAGCAGAACAAGAGUGGAAGGCAGGAAUCCUUCGCUGGAACAAUUACAUGAUGGACUGGAAAAAUCAAUUUAAUGAGUACACUAGUAAGAGGGAAAGCUGUUCAAGUCUCUAAUUAAAAGUUUCAGCCUUUCUGGAACGCCUGUAUUGUCAAAGAUCAAGAAAUACACAGAGAUAAAUAAUGGAGCAUAUCCAGCAAUAAGGCAUGUUAUGCGAGUUCAGUGACACAUCACAAAUAUACAGGUCUUCCUGUUCUAUUGCUAUUUAUACGACAAAAAUAUUAUAACACAUUUCUUACCCUUUGAAGCUUCAGGACAUGCAAAAUAGACUUGCAGAGCAAUAUUGGAAAACAUCAAAGAUCCAAAGGACCCAUUGGGCUUGUGCCAACAGUCAAACAGUAAUAUCUUUGCACAUUUCUCCACUUUUGGGGGGAUCCUCAAAAAUGAAUCAAUUAAUUUUAAUGAGAGGGAAUUGGAUAAAGAUCUGAUAUAGAUCACCUCCUGGUUGCAUGGGUGAGGGAAGAUAUAUGGGAAUGAAGAUAUGCUGCUAGAGAGGGCUGUUAGGAGCUUGACAAGCUGUGGAUCCUUUGAGUCUACUCCCUUUCUCAGUAUAUCUGAAAAAUACCGCUCCACCUCUGAUAUUGAAAUUGAGAUGUCAGAGAAGCAUAGGUAAAGAGAUUUGUGCAGAAACUGGAAAAGGGAUUCUGAUUAAAUAAAUUUUACUUGUACACUA